AUGAACUCCAAGUCCCUACUCACUUGCUCGACCGAAGCAUCACGCCUCUUGUGUGCUUUUCUAGUGAUGUCGUUUAGCCCAUUAGAAGCAUCAACCUCCCCAUCUCUAUUGCUUCAGCACCCCCGGGAGCAACAGUUUUCUCAUAUAUUCUUUGAGCUAGUUGAAAGCGUUGUCGCAUUCAGCUAUCCAGGUGAUACUUCGUUUGUGGCCUUUAAGCGCCUUGAAGAAGGGGGCGCAACGAUUAAUAGCCUUGGAGAUAAACUUGAUGAGGGCCGCAACGCGUUCGGUAAGGCUUCAAAUGUCCUUGACCGCCUUCGGGCAUCUAAGAAUGACAUUAUAGAACGUGGGACAAUCAACAAUGAGGAAAGGAGUUGUGACCGUUGCUCGCUGGGAUACUCUUGUUCCCAGAGUGUAAGCUCUGGAAAUUUCUAA